CUCAGACGGUCCAGAGGAGCUGGGCAUGUACAAACAUAUCCUGCCCUUCUCCACAUUUAAGCGAUCAGCCAGUUUAGGAGUGUGUACAAAGACUAGGCUACUCUGGGAAGCCGUAUUAUAUUAGUGUUGUUGAUUUUCUGUUUGUUAUCCUCUGGUAAAUGAUUUGAACUCCUAGCUCACAGGGAAACUUUUAUUUUUCUUCAAUAGUGGAUUAACGAGGGUUGACAACAUCUGGAACAUCCAGCGCACAUUUCUCCUUGUUAUGGAAGGACUACACACUAGGCGACCGCUUUCAUAAUUUCAUUUAUUAACAAACCGGUUUAUUCAUAGACUUUGCAGUUAUGUCCCUUCCGGCCAAAGUGAUCAGAGAUGGACUUUUGGAGAAGCGCAGCAGCGGUCUGCUCCAGCUGUGGAAGAAGAAGCGCUGUGUGCUCACGGAGGACGGCUUGCGCCUGCACAAGUGUAGGAGCGCCGGCAGCGACGCGCAGACCGCUGCGUUCGGCUCCAAGGCUAAAGAGCUGCGCUUUGAGCGCAUGGCCACCGUGGACUGCGUGGAGUACAAACGCGGGCUGGUGUACUUCACGGUCGUCAUGGCCCCCGGAAAGGAGAUUGACUUCAGGUGCCCCCAGGAGGGGACCUCUUGGAACGCGGAGAUAGCGUUGGCGCUGGUGCGUUACAAGAACCUCCAGGCAGUGCAGACCGGGAAGAACCGCCACCUGUCCUCCUCCUCGUCCCACAUAGGGGAUGGCGAGGAGCUGUGAGGGGUCAGAAGGGGGAGAACCUGAAGAACAGAGCGAACACAGACGUUUUCUGGGAGAAGACCCAUGGACAGGAGGCAUGGAUUCGAGGCCCCAUGAUGCCGGAUGAUUCCACUCGCCGUUUCAUUCGAUUCCUGAGCUUGGAUGAUGACAUAAUGAUGAAGAUGUACACACACACACACUCCCUUACAAGGAAUGUUUGCUGAUUCCCAGAACAUUGGUCUUCAGGGCCAGCAGGCUGAAGCCAAAUGGGCAGUUUGGUUGAAAUGAAGUGCUUCCGUUGUUGUCUUGUUUUUCCAAGACUCAGUGUGUGAAGAUUUGACACAGACACUGCCCACCACCGAUAGACUGGGAGCGAGGGAGGGAUCCGUCUCGGAGCUGGGCUGCUGUAUUCUACCAGUGCGUGGAUGUCCCUGAAAAGAUAGUUAUUUCUUAACAGGAACACUCUUAAUUCAUUUGGAGCGUUCAUUCUUAAAUGAAAUGGUUGUACUGUUUGCCACCAUACGAUAUGUAUUUAUGCACAGACGUUACGCUGAGGCUUUUAAUGGGUAUGCAUGCCACAAUAUUAGUAUUCACCUCGUAUCCAAUAUUUGAUAAAAAAAAAUACACAAACCAGUAUUAUAUUCUAAUAAAAAUAUAUAUUAUGAAAGCGUCA